UCAUUGUUUUAUCAAGCAAUACCACAACAUAUUCGUUUUGUGUUCAUUGUACACGGUAGAAGUUGUGUUUGAGAGAUAAAACUGACUCGUAACCAGAGUUAAAGGAUAUCAUAUUUCUGUGGUGGGCCGCUGUUUUGUACUUUUACAAUGCCCAAAUACUACUGUGACUACUGUGACACGUACCUCACACAUGACUCGCCGUCUGUGAGGAAGACACACUGCAACGGGCGCAAACACAAGGAGAACGUGCGGCUGUACUACCAGAAGUGGCUGGAGGAACAAGUGCAGAAGUUGGUCGAUGACACCACGGCGGCGUACCAAGCUGGCAAGAUCAGCGCCAACCCGUUCUCGUCAGGCACCCCCGGGGGACCCCCAAGUGGGGCCAUGGUACCUCCGCCCGGCGCCCCGCCACCCAACGUCCCGAAGCCUCCCAUGAUGGGACCGCCAGGAGCUCCACCGAUGGGACCGGGACCCAUGAGAGGACCCAUGCCUGGACCGGGAGGACCGCCAGGCGGACCGGGCCCCAUGAUGCCGAUGAUGGGACCGGGACCCAUGGGACCCAUGAUGCCAGGUAUGCGGCCAAUGGGACCGCCGAUGGGAGGCCCUCCGAUGGGGAUGGUCCCCAUGGGCCCCAUGAGGCCGCCCGUGAUACGCAAGUGAGGACCGGGUGUGCUCGCAACCUUCACCUGUACAUAGCUCAUCAACCCCCCACCCCACUCCCCCACCCAUCGCCUUGUCAUGUGGCAGCGGUGAGGCUCAUACAGCAGCUGGUAGUUCCUGUCAAUGUCGUGUUCUACGUGUGGUUCUAUGUGAGAGUCGUGACACGGUGGAAUCAGGUGCUUCUCAACUUUUGGGUAUACUAUAUAUGGAGUUAUUGCCAUUGGCGUCAUCUCAGAGCUUGUUCUUUUGUCUUGCUUUUGAGGGGAAAAAAUGCCUCUAUCUGUCUUGAACAGAAGUCGAGACAUUUGUGAUUGAAGGAGGUUGGGGUCACCGUGUGUCAGGUAAAAUUACCAAGAAAAUGGCAGCUAGAGUUUGGUGACUUACUAAACUUUGCGUCCUUGGAAAAUGAGAAUUUACUUUUUUUUUCUUUUGUCCGCAACGUCAAUGUUUUUCUAUAGAAUCCAGACAGGCUUGGGUUUUUAAUGGACAUCAAAGGUGUUUAGCCAAAGCUAAAAUUUGAUAGAAAUUGUCCAACGGGUGGACAAAUAGAUCUAUAGGUUUCUUUGAUUUCUUUUUUUUUUUUUUGAUGAGCGUCUGAUUUCAUGAUGAUUCCUUACAUAUUGACCUGUGUGUGAACUGGAUGGAUGGAAAGAUGGAUGUUAUACUGGGAACUAUCUUUGUUAUGCUGGGUUUUUUUCAAAGGUUAUAAAUGUGCUGGACGGAAAAGUGUUGAUCUUUUCUUCUUUCCAAUGGUCCUGCAGUUUGUUCUGAAUGUAAAUAAAAGUCUCAUGAUUUCAUGUCACAA